AUGUUUUACCUAAUUUCGGAGAUAAGCUCAUGGGGCAGUCACAUAUGGCUGGUGGCUCUUGCAAGCAGCAUAAGCAGGUCAAAGCCCAAGUGGAGGAUUAGCCUUGAUCUCUUUAAGGCCCAAACCGGAAUACGACCAAGAGACAAUCUUGGAUUUCAGGAAGACAAUAAGUUCAACAAUAUUAACCACAAAAUGUUGAACUUCAACCCAAGGCGGAGCGAGAAUGUAAGCAAAGGUCCUUUUAGGAAUGACGAGCAAUAUGAAAUCAACACCAACAACAAUACUAACAAAGAUGAUAGCCAAAAUGCAGUUGAUAAGAUGUUUAAGACGUCGCCAGCGGCCAAAAUGCUCUCAAGGAAUGAGGAAAAUUUUGAUAAUUAA